AUGAUUCGCCCAAAAGAAGGGGAAGAGGCUCUUGCAGUGCCUACCAUUCUAUCAGAAGUCCGUCUCCAGAGCAUCAUCAUCCUCGUAGUAGCCGUCAUGUCUCUGGCCGGCGCAGGCUGGAUCAUGGCCAGUUACGCCGUGUUUCCCAAUCUCCGCUCGUUUCGCCACCGUCUGAUCACUGGCCUUGCCAUCAGUGACGCUUUCAUGGCGCUGAACUUUCUAUUCUCGACGGCCAUGAAUGUUGGCGGCAAUGGAAUCGCUGCCCCUGAAAAUACCGCCUUCUGCAGUUUCAACGGCUUCGUGACACAGGUUUUUGUCAUUCAGACCGACUACUGGGUCCUCACCAUCGCCGUCUGCACCUACUUCAUCUUGGCCGGCCACAAGACCCAAUCCACCUGGAUCCAGGACCACGAACUCGUCAUCUGGGCAUUACCUUGGCUCUUCUCGGUUCUCUGGGCUUCCAUAGGCCUCGGAGUUACCGGCUACGAGAACAUCGGUGCUUGGUGCUGGUUCAAGUCGGACACCGUUCGCUUACUCGUCAAUUUCAUUCCUCGGUGGGUCAUCAUAGUCACUAUGUUUGCACUAUAUGCAUACCUGUCAUAUGCUCUCUACAAAGCCCAUACUCGACUGAGCUCGGUUCAGGACGCUUCUCCGCGCCACCUUGAGUCCGGAAUUUCAACCCAGGAGGGAAGUCGUGUGACGAGCAUCCACGAAGGGGUUGCGCGGCUCAUGCUUCUGUACCCCCUCGCGUAUGCAAUCAUCUGGUCGCUGCCGACCGCAAUACGGAUUUACCAGGCGACAGAGAACAAGCCGGCAGCGUUCGUACUGCAGACCAUUGACAAGGCCAGCAUCGUUAUUCAGGGGUUCGUAGACGCUGUCAUCUACGGCGUGAACGAGACGACCCUCACAAGUUGGCGCGCGCGUUUUUCCCGUCAGGGGUAUCCCGCGUCCCAUGCCAUGGACGCCCGCGGUGGAAACGACCUGGAAGCAGACGCAGUCAGAGAGCGAGAGUGGUCGUUUCGACCACGUGGUAGAGGGUCACCCGACGACACGACUGCCGCACGUUCGACCGUAUCCGUAGGACUAGAAGGAGAUGGCGCUUCUUCCAGUUCGAUGGAGCCCAGAGACUUGAGUGCGUAG